GGACGCUCUUGGCGAGAGAGUGAGUGUGUAUGAGAGAUAGAGAUAGAGAGAGCUCAGCUGUAAUUAUCAGCACUGCGUGUUCAACACCACCUUUCCCAUUCCUCUCUAGUGAAAGAAGAGGCUGUUGAUUUCGGCUACAUUUCAUCACACACCUGUUGGAGUUUACUGAGUUUGGUGAUCUGUAGUGUCUGGUGUGUUCUCAUGGAAGGCGCAGAGGAGAAAACGCGCAGAUAUAUUUUGAGUUUUUGAAUAGUUUCUAAUAUUAAUCCACAGUUUUUUUUUCCCUCUUAUUGCAAGGACUAGUUUCUCUGGAUCUUUUUCCCUUUAUUUUUUUUUUUAUUUUUUAUUUUUUGGUAAUAGUAUCUCCACCAUGGGGGAUGUAGUUUCUACUCACCUGGACGAGGGAAGGCGACAGGUAAUUACAGCUCAUACCAAAAAGGUGAUGACCGAGUUCCGUAAGGUGUACGGUCAGCAGUAUGCAGUGGCUCUUUUUAACAGCGUCCGCUUCGAGAUCGAGGGAGGAGGGAACGUACAGGCCCAGCUCUUACACCGCAAGGAUCCACUUCAGGACAAGUCCAUAUUCUCUGGAGACCUGUUUCAGUAUUUGGACGAGAAUAAGAAAUGGAGGAACCGCUUCAUCUACGUGGCCAACUCUUACAACAUCAGCUUCUAUGACAGCAGACUGGCCUAUGAAAGAGGCCUGCAUCCCAGAGGAAUCAUCAAUUGUGCUGGAUACAAAGCCCUGACCUCCAUGGAUCAGUACCUGGACCUCCUGAACAGUUGCCUGCCUGACUCCAAGGCGAAACCGGAAAGUUCCCAGUUUCUGAAAUUUGCCUCCAGCUUUCUGCUGAUCUUGUGGCACCCCUACGCUCGCCAUCACUACUUCAGUGUGAGGACGGAGAAAGAGCAGACGAAGUGGCUUGCCGUUUUCCAGGACUGCGUCAGACACGCCAACAAUGGUCUGUCAGAGGAGAACAAGGUGCUCACACCAGCGUUCACUGAUUCCCUGCGACUGUACCGACAAGCCAAAGGCCACUACGGAACCUGGGACAUGAUGUGCGGCGAUCCAGCACGGAUUCUGUCCAACCUGGUGAUGGAGACACUGUAUCCGGAGCUCAGGACACAGAUAGGACCUCGGCUGAAGGGCAAGCUGCAGCAGAGACAAAGGAACUGGAUGCUGAUCUCGGAUGCGGUGUACAGGCAGGUGCUGUCUCAGACACAAAUGCAGUAUGAGGCGAUGGUACAGGCCUGUGAGGAAGAGCGCCCCCGUCUGGACGCUGCGCUGCGCACAGACAUGGACCAGAUCGUUUCGUCCAAAGAGCAUGUUACCGGAAGGAUGCGUGCACUGGUGCUUCCGCAUGCAGAUCAGGUCCUGAAGAGCAGCGUCCAGCCCUACAUCAGCUCCAUCCUGGAAGCUCUGAUGGAACCGGUGAGCCAGGGAUUCUCCGAAGUCAGGGAGGUUCUCUUCCGCGAGCUGGUGGAAAUCAGCAUGAACACGGUCAAUGAAGGAGGCAGAGAGGCGCUUGGAAAGCAUAUGGAGAAGGUGUCUAUGUUGGCCUUCCACCCAGUGAAGAUGCAGAGCUGCUAUGAGAAGAUGGAGCAGCUGAGUCUGGAGGGCCUGCAGCAGAGAUUCGAUGUGUCCAGCCCUUCCGUGUUCGUUCAGAGAGCCCAGAUCCUCAUGCGAGAGCAAAUGGACAAUGCCGUGUACACUUUUGAGCAACUGCUGUACCAGAACAUGGCGGAACAAUCAGGAGAAGAGCUUAUUAAAAACAUCCAUCGCAGCCAGGACCGAGUACUGAAGAAAUAUGACUAUGACAGCAGCACAGUGCGCAAGAAGUUCUUUAGAGAAGCACUGCUGCAGAUCAUCAUCCCGUACAUGCUGAAACAGCUCCAUCCCGUAUAUGCUCCGGAACUGCCCAAGUUCAAAGAGCUCAUCUUUGAGGAUUUCUCCCGCUUCAUAUUAGUGGAGAACAUUUUCGAGGAGGUCGUCCUACAGUCCGUCACUAAAGACAUCAUGAUGGCUGUGAAGGAGGCGGCUAUUCAGAGAAGGCACAACCUCUACAGGGACAGCAUCGUCCUGGGCAACAGUGACCCGAACCUCCACCUGAUGGAGGAGAACUCUAUCGACUGGGCCAGCCAGUAUGGAGGAGGAGGAGGAGGAGGAGGAGGAGAGGAGCGAUUCCGAAGGCGCAGGCAAGUUGUAUCCAUGAUUCUGACUGAGGGCAUGGCGCCAAUGCCUUAUGGCUCCUGCUUGGAAGUACCCGGUGUGGAAGAGAUCCCCGAGGAGAAUGAGAUGCAGACGGGUGAAGAUCUUCAAGAGGACCAGGUCGGCAGUAACGACCUCCAUAAACAGGCAAUCUUUCCUGUAGUGUCGAGAUCCCCGGAGGAACCGACCACUCCAGACGACGUCCAGCAGAUCCGUCAGCUCAUCAGGCCAGUGCUCGAGGUGGUUCUUUCGGAUACUGACCCAGUGCUCACCAAUGGGAUACUGCCUCUGGAGGAAGGAGAGGAGAUCGAGUCCAUCACCACAGUGGAGGACGUGAUGCCAAAGGACUCCGCUAUCGCUAGUGCCAUUCAGGAGCUGGAGGACGCCGUUCAGGGGGAAGAAUGCAACGUAGACUCUGACGCGGAGCUUCCUCGAGCGUCCUCCGAGUCCAGUCCUCGACACCACGACGACAGCGGAUUUCAGUCUCCGACCAACGAGCACAGACACGACGAGGACGCUCGGCCAAUCACUGCAGAGCUGAAGGAUGAAGCCGAGCCCGUGGGUCCCGAGCUGGUGAUGCUGAUGUUGGACCAGGAAGAUGAAUCGUCUGAAGAUGGCUCACAGGCCGGAGAAGCAGACGAUUUUGAAUCUAACAUUUAAUCCAAGACAUGGACACAUCACUUGUUUUCGUUUUUCUUUUUUUUUUUUUCUUCCUCGAACCGAAGGUCCGCUCCGAACAAUGAGAUCUUAGCGCGAUAUAUUGAGUCAAAAAGCAUCUAAUAUUUCCGAUCAGAUUAUUCUAAACCAAUAUAAGAGGCUAUUUCUACAAUUCCAAGCUUAAAACGGUCUUAUAUUUCUAAUGGCAGAUCCUUUUUGCUUUUUUCUUUCUAAACAAUUUCAAGCAUGAAAUGAGUAGUUAUACCUCGAAAUAUUUCUAGAAGUAUUUGUACGACCUAGCCGAGUUUGUGUACGUUGAAGAUAUUUUUUACUAGCCGUCUUUUUCGAAAUAUUAGUCGACAUGGUGCACAAUCAAAUGUGUUCGAUUUGAAACCGUGGCAAUCGAGUUUUUGUAUAGAUUCAUAUCACUGCCUCGUGUAGCUUAAAUAUCGUUACUUAAUCUUAAAUCUUAUCGCUGAAAUGCCCGAUUUCCCUCUCCGUGAUAUAAUAGUCGGUUAGAAGCGAGUCUCGAAUCACACUGAAGCUUUAAUUCCGUUUAAAUACCGGGAUACUAUAUGGAUAUCUGUGCAUUCAUUUUAUAUGGCUUCAGAAACUUCUAAUACUGUUUUUUUUUUUUUUUUUUUUCUUCAUAUUUAUAUACAAGGGAAGUGAGGUCACGAAAUGUUGCCGGUCUCGAAAAGGUGUAUUUAUUUGUGUUUUGCUUGUUGUUGUCGUUAAUGCGAUGCUACGUUACUAUAGUUGCAGCGGAACGGCAACGUCAUAUCCACAUAGGACUUGGCGUGUCAUCUUUCUGUUCCUCUAAUAACACGGGAGAGGUUUUGACGUCGGUACAACCCUCAUUUUAUCUGGCGGGUGAACGCGACGUGGGUAAACUUAAUGCGGCUUUAAACACCGGUGUUCAGCGAGCUUUAGAACCUCGUGAAGUAUUAGGGGUCUGUUUUUGUUUUUCUCGUGUUCGGCUGGAACUGGAGGAGGACGAUGAUGAUCAAGCGUCAGCACGGAUCUUUUAUAGAGGUGCCAACUUCUGGUAUUUUGAUGGAAUGGAGCGAGAGAAUGGCUCUUUUUGUUAAAUCGGGCGGGGGGUUUUUCCCCCCCUCUCUCUCUCUUCUCCAUUCAGAUUGAUAAUCUUUGGAAUUUGUCACUUUUUUUUUUUCAGGAAUAUCUACGAUGACAGCCAGUGAAACAUUUUUCAUCACCUUUCCUUUUCUCCUCCCGUAUUGCUUCUUUCGUUUCUGAAUCGCCUGGUUGUUGUGGUUCCCUGAAAUAUUUUACUGGAGUGAAUCUUUUUCCUCCGCUAUUUAUUAACCCUGUAUAUUUUCUUCUUCUUUUUGUUUUGUUUUUUAAAUCCUACUGUAGCCGAACUCUUUGCCUCCGUUCUUUUCUGUCCGAUAGGCAUAAAUGAAUGGAAAAAAAAUAAACCUUUUAAAACAUU